ACCUCUUCUCCAAAAGUCUGAACUUUGAAAGGCAGACAAAUGAAGACCAGCCUUAUCCUCCUUAUAUAACCGUGACCACACACACAAAUGAAGAAGCCCAAAUGAAAGGCCCAAAAAUCUAAAAAGAGGUGAAGGAGAGACUUUGUGAAUGUGUGAUCAUAGAAAGUUAGAAACAUGAAGAGACAAGAGAGUGAUAAAACCACAACCAUAGAAACAAGUAAGAAAGCUAUCCAGAAUCUAAUCUUAUUUGCCUCCAAGUCAUCAAUUCUUUAUCCUAUAUUACCAAUCUCUGCUUCACCAAUCCUUUUUGCUCUCUGUCUGCUACAACCUUAACUUGGAUUCUUUCUGGUCACCAUGGCUUCGCUUACUUUCUCUGUGCCCAAGGGUUUCACUGAAUUCUCAGGAUUGCGAAGCUCCUCUGCUUCUCUUCCCUUUGGCAAGAAACUUUCUUCCGAUGAGUUUGUUUCCAUCGUAUCCUUCCAGACUUCUGCAAUGGGAAGCAGUGGUGGAUACAGGAAAGGUGUGACUGAGGCCAAGCUUAAGGUGGCCAUCAAUGGAUUCGGUAGGAUUGGGAGGAACUUCUUGAGAUGUUGGCAUGGUCGCAAAGACUCUCCUCUUGAUAUCAUUGCCAUUAAUGACACUGGUGGCGUCAAGCAGGCUUCCCAUCUCCUUAAAUACGACUCUACUCUCGGAAUCUUUGAUGCUGAUGUCAAACCUUCUGGAGAGACUGCAAUCUCUGUUGAUGGAAAGAUCAUCCAAGUUGUUUCUAACCGAAACCCGUCUCUUCUCCCCUGGAAGGAGUUAGGAAUUGACAUUGUCAUCGAAGGAACCGGAGUGUUUGUUGAUAGAGAAGGUGCAGGGAAACACAUUGAAGCUGGAGCCAAGAAGGUUAUCAUUACCGCUCCAGGGAAAGGAGAUAUUCCAACUUACGUCGUUGGUGUCAAUGCAGAUGCUUACAGUCAUGAUGAACCAAUCAUCAGCAAUGCAUCUUGCACUACUAACUGUCUUGCUCCCUUUGUCAAAGUUCUUGACCAGAAAUUUGGUAUCAUAAAGGGUACAAUGACGACUACUCACUCUUACACCGGUGACCAGAGGUUGCUAGACGCAAGUCACCGUGAUCUAAGGAGAGCAAGAGCAGCUGCUUUGAACAUUGUUCCUACAUCUACAGGAGCAGCUAAAGCCGUGGCUCUUGUGCUCCCUAACCUCAAGGGAAAACUCAACGGAAUCGCUCUCCGUGUACCUACACCAAAUGUAUCAGUCGUUGAUCUCGUUGUGCAGGUCUCAAAGAAAACUUUUGCUGAGGAAGUUAACGCUGCUUUCAGAGAUUCUGCUGAGAAAGAGCUUAAAGGUAUACUCGAUGUCUGCGAUGAGCCACUAGUGUCAGUUGAUUUCAGAUGCUCAGAUUAUUCAACGACCAUUGAUUCAUCACUCACUAUGGUUAUGGGAGAUGAUAUGGUUAAGGUGAUUGCUUGGUAUGAUAAUGAAUGGGGUUACUCACAGAGAGUUGUUGACUUGGCUGACAUUGUUGCCAACAACUGGAAGUGAAUGUAACUUUUGAAAUCAACUUUGUUUCAUGUUUUUCCAUUUUUUCUCUUUUCUCUUUUUUUUUUUUACAUUAUGAUUCUCAAAAUAUCGGUGAAGACUGUAUAAUUGUAGUCCUGAGUUAUGGAUUUGUAAUAAUAAUAAACUAUUCAAACUUGUUUACA